AUGACUGGGGCAUGUACUGGACAGUGUAACCCCGGCUAUGCUGGACCAGACUGUCAACCUGAUACAACCACCUGUCCAGUUGGUACAUACGGACAGACGUGUCAGAACACCUGUAACUGUCCGAACAGACAAUCAACCGCCUGUGACAAAAUGACUGGGGCAUGUACAGGACAGUGUAACCCCGGCUAUGCUGGACCAGACUGUCAACCUGAUACAACCACGUGUCCAGUUGGUACAUACGGACUGACGUGUCUGAACACCUGUAACUGUCUGAACAGACAAUCAACCGCCUGUGACAAAAUGACUGGGGCAUGUACAGGACAGUGUAACCCCGGCUAUACUGGACCAGACUGUCAACCUGCCACGUGUCCUGUCGGGAAAUACGGAUCCAUAUGUCAGAACACCUGUAGCUGUGCGAAAAGACAAUCAACCGCCUGUGACAAGGCGACUGGGACAUGCACAGGACAGUGUAACCCCGGCUAUACUGGACCAGACUGCCAGCCUGAUACAACCACGUGUUCAGUUGGUACAUACGGACAGACGUGUCAGAACACCUGUAACUGUCCGAACAGACAAUCAACCGCCUGUGACAAAAUGACUGGGGCAUGUACAGGACAGUGUAACCCCGGCUAUGCUGGACCAGACUGUCAACCUGAUACAACCACCUGUCCAGUUGGUACAUACGGACAGACGUGUCAGAACACCUGUAACUGUCCGAACAGACAAUCAACCGCCUGUGACAAAAUGACUGGGGCAUGUACAGGACAGUGUAACCCCGGCUAUGCUGGACCAGACUGUCAACCUGAUACAACCACGUGUCCAGUUGGUACAUACGGACUGACGUGUCUAAACACCUGUAACUGUCUGAACAGACAAUCAACCGCCUGUGACAAAAUGACUGGGGCAUGUACUGGACAGUGUAACCCCGGUUAUACUGGACCAGACUGUCAACCUGCCACGUGUCCUGUCGGGAAAUACGGAUCCAUAUGUCAGAACACCUGUAGCUGUGCGAAAAGACAAUCAACCGCCUGUGACAAGGCGACUGGGACAUGCACAGGACAGUGUAACCCCGGCUAUACUGGACCAGACUGCCAGCCUGAUACAACCACGUGUUCAGUUGGUACAUACGGACAGACGUGUCAGAACACCUGUAACUGUCCGAACAGACAAUCAACCACCUGUGACAAAAUGACUGGGGCAUGUACAGGACAGUGUAACCCCGGCUAUGCUGGACCAGACUGUCAACCUGAUACAGUCACGUGCCCAGUUGGUAGAUACGGACAAACGUGUCAGAACACCUGUAACUGUCCGAACAGACAAUCAAACGCCUGUGACAAGACGAGUGGGGCGUGUACAGGAGACUGCAGUCCUGGCUAUACUGGCCAAGGCUGUCAAACAAAAGGUAAAUAA